AUGUACGUGGGCUACCUCUUGGAUAAGGAGGCCAGCAUGUACCCCAACCCGUCCCGGCCCCCGGGCCUCGGCUUGCCCCCGCAGAACUACGUGCCCGUGGGGCCCCAGUACCCGGAGUUCGCGGGCUACCACCCCCACCACCCGCACGCCCACCACGUGCCGGGCCUGGGCGGAGAGGCCCACCCGGGGCAGCCCUCGGGGGGCGCCUGGUCCUCGCCCUACACGCCGCCCCCGCCGCCCCCCAAGGAGGACUGGCACCCCUAUGGCCCGCCGGGGGGCCCCUCGGGCAACGCCGCCGGCCAGCUGGGCUACGGCCCCGCCGACUUCAGCAGCAUGCAGCCCACGGGCCUCCUGCCGCCCCCGCCCCCCAUGGGCGCCCCCGGGGCACCCCAGAUCUCGCCAGGUGCCCAGAGGCGGACCCCCUUCGAGUGGAUGCGGCGCAGCGGGACCGUCGCCGGAAGCACCGCCGGACACAGCGGCAAGACCAGAACAAAAGACAAGUAUCGUGUUGUGUACACAGAUCAUCAACGUUUGGAACUAGAGAAGGAAUUUCACUAUAGCCGCUACAUCACUAUCCGGCGGAAAGCAGAGCUGGCAGCAACGCUAGGACUCACUGAGCGACAGGUGAAGAUAUGGUUCCAGAAUCGGAGAGCAAAGGAGAGGAAAGUGAACAAGAAGAAGAUGCAGCAGCAGACUCAGCCUGCCAGUACAACCACUCCCACCCCACCAGCCGUUGGCACACCAGGCCCAAUUGGAGGCAUCUGCAGCAGUACCACCAACCUAGUUUCCUCAUCUCCAAUGACUAUCAAGGAAGAAUUUCUGCCUUAA